AUGGCGGACGACAAGGCUAUGGAGGUGAACGAGGCAUCUCCCCACGAGACAACGCGACAUGCAGAUCCUGCGCUGGAUCCCGCAAAUCAACAUCACCACGGUCAUCCCCACCAUUCGGGACUGGCCGAGAAGGGUCCAGAUGAUGAUGUGAUCUAUGCCAAAGAUGUCAAAGGCUUGGUUCACGACCCGACUGUGGAGGACAAGCACGCUCAUAGCCAGAGUUCGAAAGAUCUCGAGGAAGCAGGUGAAAGCUAUCCAUCGCGGCCCUUCUAUCGCCGCUAUAGCAGGUACACCAAGCAUGUCGUGUACGCUGUCGUGUGGCUUUUGUUCACCGGAUGGUGGAUUGCUGGUUUGAUCCUCCAUCGGCAUGACUUGGGCUGGCUCAUCCCGUUCCUGCUGUAUCUGUGCAUCACCUUGCGGCUUCUUACCCUCUACGUGCCCGUGUCCAUCGUGACCAGACCGACCUAUUGGGUCUGGGACCAUACCGCUCGGCCAUUCGUUCGCCUGAUCCCCGAGAAAUUGAGGAUUCCCGGCGCGGCGCUCUUGACGAUUGCGGUCAUUCUCGUCGGCUCAUUUGCGUCGGAAGAGACCGCCGAUAACACCAGAGCCAACAGAGCUGUCAGUCUCUUCGGCCUUGUCGUAUUCGUCUUCGCCUUGUGGCUUUCGUCGAGAGACCGCAAGAAGAUCGUCUGGCACACCGUCAUUGUAGGAAUGCUGGUGCAGUUCAUUGUUGCUCUCUUUGUGCUUCGUACCAAGGCGGGUUACGACAUAUUCAACUUCAUCUCGACGCUGGCCAGAGAGCUGCUGGGCUUUGCCAGCGACGGCGUCGAUUUCUUGACGGAGCCUAAAUUCGCAAGCAAGCACACGUGGUUCUUGAUAACCGUCAUCCCGGCUAUCAUCUUCUUCGUAUCUCUUGUGCAGCUCCUGUACUACUCCGGCGUCCUGCAGUGGGCUAUUGGUAAAUUCGCCGUCUUCUUCUUCUGGAGUAUGCGGGUCUCUGGCGCCGAGGCCGUCGUGGCUGCUGCCUCCCCCUUCAUCGGACAAGGUGAAUCGGCCAUGCUUAUCAAACCCUUCGUAGCGCACCUUACCAUGGCCGAAAUCCACCAGGUGAUGUGCUCCGGUUUCGCUACCAUUGCAGGCUCCGUGCUGGUCGCCUAUAUUGGAAUGGGCGUUAACCCUCAAGCGCUGGUUUCCUCGUGUGUGAUGAGUAUCCCUGCUUCUCUGGCCGCAUCCAAGCUGCGUUGGCCUGAGGAGGAAGAAACUCUGACGGCUGGCCGUGUCGUCGUGCCCGAGGACGAGGAACACAAGGCUGAAAAUGCGCUUCACGCUUUCGCCAACGGUGCCUGGCUCGGCAUCAAGAUCGCGGGUACGAUUGGGGCAACGCUCCUCUGUAUCAUCUCUUUCGUUGCCUUGAUCAACGGUUUGUUGACCUGGUGGGGACAUCUGCUCAGAGUGGGCAAACUGAUCGGUGUGAAGCUUGUCAUGAAUGAAUUCGUCGCCUAUAGCGACCUUCAAACAAAGCCCGAGUAUCAGGAACUCUCCGUCCGCUCUCGGAUCAUCGUAACGUAUGCUCUCUGCGGUUUCGCCAACAUCGGCUCCCUGGGUAACCAAAUCGGUGUGCUCAAUCAACUCGCCCCCCAACGUGCGGGCGAUGUGUCCCGUGUUGCAGUUAGUGCCAUGAUUACCGGCGCCCUGGCUACUUUUACCAGUGCGGCUAUCGCGGGUCUGCUGAUUACGGAGGAGGGCAAGUACCUUAGUCAGUGA